GCACUUCGCCGACGCGUGGGGCAACGCCUGCGCAAGAAGCUCGGGAAAGUGCUGCAUCAGGAAGAGUUCGAGCAGGCCUUGGCGGUCUUCAAGCAACGUGAGUCUGAGUUGAUCCUGCCGGAGGAGGCAUCCUUGAAGGAAGACUCGGCGGAGAGCCGCGACUCUCCCGUCCACUCUCCCCUCUCCUCGACGGAUGCAGGGUCCUUCUCAAGGCAAACCACCCUCGAGCCCCUGAUCGCAAAUCGAAGUGCUUCGAGCUCGAGCAACCUUCCAUGUCAAGGGGCGAUUGCCAUCCCGGUUCCGGUGAUUGCAGUACCAUACUUCGUUCCGGUCCUUGCGGCGCCACCUGCUAGAGCGACGCCACCACAGCAACCCGAGCGCUAUGCUGAGGAGGCUGUGGCCGUGUCGCCUUGCUUGAGCGUGCAGGGAUCCGGGCUGGAGUUAGAGAAGUCUUCCUUCUCGCGGUCUUGCACCCGGACUACAGACGAUGCUUCGACGAGCCUUUCUGCUCUGGACGACGAGGACGACAUCGCGGAUCUGAGCAUGGACUGGAUCCGUGCUGUCUCCGAAGGCGUCUCUGCACCGGUGGAACGCACCUUUAUCCAGUUCAACACCAAGCUACAGGUGAACCACAGGCGCUCCAGCUCCCGCUGA